AUGAAAAUUAUAAUUCUUCUUGGAUUCCUGGGAGCCACAUUAUCAGCCCCACUUAUUCCACAACACCUUAUGUCUGCAAGCAACAGCAAUGAGUUACUUCUGAAUCUUAAUAAUGCUCGGCUCUUGCCACUACAGCUUCAGGACGCAUUUAAUUCAUGGAUUCCUCCUUUCUCUCGGAUUGUGCAACAGCAGCAGCGGGCUCAAACUCCUGGACUCUCCCAGUUCGCUUUGUCAACUGUAGACCAGUUUGCCCGAUUGCUCCCAAAUUAUAUACCUUUCCCAGGACAGGUCAGUUUUGCCCAAGGAGCCCAGGCAGGCCAACUGGACCCUUCACAGCCUCAAUCACCACUGCAGACACAACAGGGCCCUAAUCAUGUGAUGCCUUAUGUCAAAAUGCCUCAAGAGCAAACACAGAUGCCUCAAUACUAUCCAGUUUACAUGGUCCUACCCUUGGAACAACUUCAGCAAACAGUCACAUGGUCACCUCAACAAACAGGGCAGCAGCCAUUUGAAGAGCAGAUAACCUUCUACACUCAGUAUUGAUGCAUUGCACAACAAGCACAACCUCUUACACCCGGAGGACAGCAGCAACUUGCCUUUUAUCCUCUCUUAGGCACAGCUCCUGAAACCGCUGUGAUGCCAGCAGGAGGAGUGAUACCAUAUUUGCAAAAGGAAGUAAUAAACUUUAGGCAUGACAGUGCAGGAGUUUCCAUGCCUUCAACUUCACCAAAACCCAGCACAACCAAUUUUUUCACUACUGCUAUAGACCCAACUAUUACCCCAGAGCUCCCAGAAAAGAAGGUCAGUGACAGCGAUGAAUCAUCUGCGGAGAUUUAUGUGCCUCCCUAUCGAUACCCACUUGACCGAUACCCACUUGACCGAUACCCAUUUGGCCGAUAUCCACCACCAUUCCGAAGAUAUCCAUGGAUUAGAAUUUUUUUUCCUGAUUUUAUACCUUUGUCUGACUCUGCAGCUACCCCUCCUAGUGGAAAGUAA